AUGGCUCUCUCUCUCUCUCUCUCUCACUCUCUCUCUCUCUCUCUCUCUCUCUCUCUCUCACUCUCUUGCAACUCUCAACAAGAUAUUUUUUCUUCUUUCAGGAAUUUCUUUCAUUUUGUAAUUUCUUCAGAUAGUUCUUCAACAAGGCUUCCUUUUUUUUUGUUCUUCUCCAAUCCUGGGAAUUUCUUUCUAUUCUUUCGAAAUUUACCGGUUUUUGAAAGAAGCGUUGUUCUUCUUUUGUUCUUUCAGGACGGGGUUCUUUCUGGAUUUUCAUUUCUCCCCUCCGAAAUUAAGUUGUUCUUCUUUUUGUUCUUUCUGAAAUUUAAAAACUUCUUCUUUCUGAAAUUUAAGUUUUCUUCUUUUUUUUUCUUUUCUGAUAGAAAGAGAGAUUUUUGUUCGAAAUUUAAGUUGUUAAUCUUUUUUCUUUCUGGUGUUGUUCUUCUUUUUGUUCUUUCUGAAUUUAAUUCUUCUUUUUUUUUUUUGUUCUUUCUGAAAUUUUUCAGUUGUUUCUUCUUUUUGUUCUUUCUGAAAUUUAAGUUGUUCUUCUUUUGUUCUUUCUGUUCUUCUUUUGUUCUUUCUGAAAUUUUUGUUCUUCUUUUGUUCUUUCUGAAAUUUCUUCUUUUUGUUCUUUUGUUCUUUUUUGGAAAUUUAAGUUUGUUCUUCUUUUGUUCUUUUUCUUUUUUUUGUUCUUUUUUUUUCUUCUUUUUUUUCUUUCUGAAAUUCUUUAGUUUGUUCUUUCUUAAUUCUUCUUUGUUCUUCUUUUUUGUUCUUUUUUGUUCUUUCCUGAAUUCUUCUUUUUUGUUCUUUCUGAAAUUUAAGAAGAUCUUUUUCUUUUUUGUUCUUUCUAAGGAAAUUUUUCUUCUUUUGUUCUUUCUGAAAUUUUUCUUCUUUUUUGUUCUUUGGAUUGUUCUUCUUUUGUUCUUUCUGAAAUUUGUUGUUCUUCUUUUGUUCUUUCCAUUUAAAGUUUUGUUCUUCUUUUUGUUCUUUCUGAAAUUUAAGUUCUUUUUUGUUCUUUCUGUUUUCUUCUUUUUGUUCUUUCUGAAAUUUAAGUUGUUCUUCUUUUUGUUCUUUCUGAAAUUUAAGUUGUUCUUCUUUUUGUUCUUUCUGAAAUUUAAGUUCUUCUUUUUGUUCUUUCUAAAUCAAUUGUUCUUCUUUUUGUUCUUUCUGAAAUUUAAGUUGUUCUUCUUUUUGUUCUUUCUGAAAUUUAAUUCUUCUUUUUUGUUCUUUCUGAAAUUUAAGUUCUUCUUUUUUGUUUAUUUGAAAUUUAAGUUGUUCUUCUUUUUGUUCUUUCUGAAAUUUAAGUUCUUCUUUUUGUUCUUUCUGAAAUUUAAGUUGUUCUUCUUUUUGUUCUUUCUGAAAUUUAAGUUGUUCUUCUUUUUGUUCUUUCUGAAAUUUAAGUUGUUCUUCUUUUUGUUCUUUCUGAAAUUUAAGUUGUUUCUUUUUUUUCUUCUUCUUUUGUUCUUUCUGAAAUUUAAGUUGUUCUUCUUUUUGUUCUUUCUGAAAUUUAAUUGUUCUUCUUUUUUGUUCUUUCUGAAAUUUAAGUUGUUCUUCUUUUUCUUUUGUUCUUCUUUUGUUCUUUCACAAAUUUAUGUUGUUCUUCUUUUUUUUGUUCUUUUUUUCUUCUUUCUAAAUUUAAGUUGUUCUUCUUUUUGUUUUUCUGAAAUUUGCUGUUCUUCUUUUGUUCUUUCUGAAAUUCAAGUUCUUCUUUUGUUCUUUCUGAAAUUUAAGUUGUUCUUCUUUUUUCUUUCUGUUCUUUUUUUUUGUUCUUCUUUUUCUUUUUUUAAGUUGUUCUUCUUUUUGUUCUUUCUGAAAUUUAAGUUGUUCUUCUUUUUGUUCUUUCUGAAAUUUAAGUUCUUCUUUUUGUUCUUUCUGAAAUUUAAGUUGUUCUUCUUUUUGUUCUUUCUGAAAUUUAAGUUGUUCUUCUUUUUGUUCUUUCUGAAAUUUAAGUUGUUCUUCUUUUUGUUCUUUCUGAAAUUUAAGUUUUGUUCUUUUUUGUUCUUUCUGUUAUUCUUCUUUUUUUUCUUUCUGAAAUUUAAGUUGUUCUUCUUUUGUUUCUUUCUGAAAUUUAAGUUUUCUUCUUCUUUGUUCUUUCUGAAAUUUAAGUUGUUCUUCUUUUUGUUCUUUCUGAAAUUUAAGUUCUUCUUCUUUUUUGUUCUUUUUGUUCUUCUUUUUGUUCUUUUGUUUAAGUUUCUUCUUUUGUUCUUUCUGAAAUUUAAGUUCUUCUUUUUGUUCUUUCUGAAAUUUGUUGUUCUUCUUUUGUUCUUUUUUAAGUUGUUCUUCUUUUUGUUCUUUCAAAAUUUAAUUGUUUCUUCUUUUUUGUUCUUUCUGAAAUUUAAGUUCUUCUUUUUGUUCUUUCUGAAAUUUAAGUUGUUCUUCUUUUUGUUCUUUCUGAAAUUUAAGUUGUUCUUCUUUUUGUUCUUUCUGAAAUUUAAGUUGUUCUUUUUGUUCUUUCUGAAAUUUAAGUUGUUCUUCUUUUUUAAAUUUAAAUUUGUUCUUCUUUUGUUCUUUCUGAAAUUUAAGUUGUUCUUCUUUUUGUUCUUUCUGAAAUUUAAGUUGUUCUUCUUUUUGUUCUUUCUGAAAUUUAAGUUCUUCUUUUUGUUCUUUCUGAAAUUUAAGUUGUUCUUCUUUUUGUUCUUUCUGAAAUUUAAGUUGUUCUUCUUUUUGUUCUUUCUGAAAUUUAGUUGUUCUUCUUUUUGUUUCUUUCUGAAAUUUAAGUUGUUCUUCUUUUUUUGUUCUUUUUUUGUUCUUUCUGAAAUUCAAGUUGUUCUUCUUUUUGUUCUUUCUGAAAAAGUUGUUCUUCUUUUAUUUCUUCUUUUUUCUUCUUUUGUUCUGAAAUUUUUUGUUCUUCUUUUGUUCUUUCUGAAAUUUGUUCUUCUUUUGUUCUUUCUGAAAUUUGUUCUUUUUUUGUUCUUUCUGAAAUUUGUUGUUCUUUCUUUUAAGUUGUUUCUUCUUUUGUUCUUUCUGAAAUUUAAAAAUUUGUUGUUCUUCUUUUGUUCUUUCUGGAAAUUUAAGUUGUUUUUCUUUUUGUUCUUUUCUGAAAUUUGUUGUCUCUUCUUUUUUGUUCUGUUGAAAUUCUGUUGUUCUUCUUUGUUCUUCUACUUUAAGUUUUCUUCUUUUUUGUUCUUUCUGAAAUUUAAGUUGUUCUUCUUUUUGUUCUUUCUGAAAUUUUUUGUUCUUCUUUUUGUUCUUUCUGAAUUUAAGUUCUUCUUUUUUGUUCUUUCUGAAAUUUGUUGUUCUUCUUUUUUGUUCUUUCUGAAAUUUAAGUUUGUUUCUUCUUUUUGUUCUUUUCUGAAAUUUAAGUUCUUCUUUUUGUUCUUUCUUUUAAGUUUUGUUCUUCUUUUGUUCUUUCUGAAAUUUAAGUUCUUCUUUUUUGUUCUUUCUUUUGUUCUUUUGUUCUUUCUGAAAUUUAAGUUGUUCUUCUUUUUGUUCUUUCUAGAAUUUAAGUCUUCUUUUUUUCUUCUUCUUUUGUUCUUUCUGAAAUUUAAGUUGUUCUUCUUUUUGUUCUUUCUGAAAUUUAAGUUCUUCUUUUGUUCCUUUCUGAAAUUUAAGUUGUUCUUCUUUUUGUUCUUUCUGAAAUUUAAGUUCUUCUUUUUGUUCUUUCUGAAAUUUAAGUUGUUCUUCUUUUUGUUCUUUCUGAAAUUUAAGUUCUUCUUUUUGUUCUUUCUGAAAUUUAAGUUGUUCUUUCUUUUAAGUUCUUUUUUGUUCUUUCUGAAAUUUAAUUGUUUCUUCUUUUUGUUCUUUCUGAAAUUUAAGUUGUUCUUCUUUUUCUUUCAAUUUAAGUUCUUUUUUUUAUUCUUUCUGAAAUUUAAUUGUUCUUCUUUUUUCUUUCUGUUUAAGUUCUUCUUUUUGUUCUUUCUGAAAUUUAAGUUGUUCUUCUUUUUGUUCUUUCUGAAAUUUAAUUCUUCUUUUUUGUUCUUUCUGAAAUUUAAAUUCUUCUUUUUGUUCUUUCUGAAAUUUAAGUUGUUCUUCUUUUGUUCUUUUCUGAAAUUUAAGUUCUUCUUUUUUGUUCUUUCUGAUUUAAGUUGUUCUUUUUUGUUCUUUCUGAAAUUUAAGUUUUCUUCUUUUUUGUUCUUUCUGAAAUUUAAGUUGUUCUUCUUUUUGUUCUUUCUGAAAUUUAAGUUGUUCUUCUUUUUGUUCUUUCUGAAAUUUAAGUUCUUCUUUUUGUUCUUUCUGAAAUUUAAGUUGUUCUUCUUUUUUUGUUCUUCUUUUGUUCUUCUGAAAAGUUCUUCUUUUUGUUUUCUGAAAUUUAAGUUGUUCUUCUUUUUCUUUCUUUCUUGUUUAAGUUGUUCUUCUUUUUUGUUCUUUCUGAAAUUUAAUUGUUCUUCUUUUUUGUUCUUUCUGAAAUUUAAGUUGUUCUUUUGUUCUUUCACAAAUUUAGUUCUUCUUUUGUUCUUUCUAAAAUUGUUGUUCUUCUUUUUGUUCUUUCUGAAAUUUGUUGUUCUUCUUUUUUUGUUCUUUCUGAAAUUUAAGUUGUUCUUCUUUUGUUCUUUCUGGAAUUUAAGUUGUUCUUUAUUCUUUUUUGUUCUUCUUUGUUCUUUUCUGUUUAAGUUUCUUCUUUUGUUCUUUCUGAAAUUUAAGUUGUUCUUCUUUUGUUCUUGUUUAAGUUCUUUUUUGUUCUUUCUGAAAUUUGUUGUUCUUCUUUUUUUGUUGUUCUUUUCUGAAAUUCAAGCUUUUGUUGUUCUUCUUUGUUCUUCCAAAUUUGUUGUUCUUUGUUCUUCUGAAUUUGUUGUUCUUCUUGUUCUUCUGAAUUUGUUGUUUUUCUUUUUUUCUUCUCUUUUUGUUCUUUCUGAAAUUUGUUGUUCUUUUCUUUUUGUCUCUCUUUUCUCCAGAAAUUUAGUUGUUCUUCUUUUUUGUCUUUUCUUAAAUUUGCUUUCUUUCUUUUUGUUCUUUCUGAAAUUUGUUGUUCUUUUUUUUCUUCUUUUUGUUCCUUUUCUGAAAUUUGUUGUUCUUCUUUUUUGUUCUUUCUCUCUUUCUGAAUUUAAGUUGUUCUUUUUUUCUUUUCUGAAACUUGUCUUUCCACUCUCUUUAUUCUUCUUUCGUUGUUAUUCUUCUUUUGUUCUUUCUAGGAAUUUAAGUUCUUCUUUUGUUCUUUCUGAAAUUUGUUGUUCUUUUUUUGUUCUUUCUGAAAUUUUAGUUCUUCUUUUUUGUUCUUUUCUGAAAAUUAAGUUGUUCUUCUUUUUUGUUCUUCUUUUUGUUCUUUCUAAAUUUGCCCUUCUUUUGUUUCUUUCUGAAUUAAGUUCUUUCUUUUUUGUUCUUUCUGAAAUUGUUGUUUCUUCUUUUUGUUUCUUUCUGAAAUUUGUUGUUCUUCUUUUUUUGUUCUUUUCUGAAAUUUGUUGUUUCUUCUUUUGUUCUUUUCUGAAAUUUGUUCUUCUUGUUCUUUCAAUUUGUUGUUCUUCUUUUUGUUACUUUCUGAAAUUUAAUUCUUCUUUUUGUUCUUUUCUGAAAUUUAAGUUGUUUCUUGCUUUGUUUUUCUGGAAUUUUUCUUUUGUUCUUCUUUUGUUGUUCUUUUUUUGUUCUAAAUUUGUUGUUCUUUGUUCUUCUUUUGUUCUUUCUUUGUUUUCAAUUGUUCUUCUUUUUUUUUCUUUCUGA